AUGGAUGUUAAUGCAAUUCUUUAAGAGAGGAAGCGAUUAAGUAAUUUUAGUGUAAUUUAGGAAUUUAAAAGGAGAAAAUAAAGGAGUGCUAAUUAUAAAGGAAAUUUAGACAGAAAUAAAAAUACUAUAAUUAAGAAUUGACUGAGAAAUUAGGUAAGGAUAUGCUAGCUGAAAAAAAGCAAUAAUUCUAUCAAGAUGUAUGUUAUUCAAAUUAACAAUAAAGCUGUUUACUUCAAAAAUAAAUGAAUGUGAAGAAAACUAAUAAAUCAAGUAAUUUGAAAUCCAAAAGCAUAAUAAUAAUUAAGAAAAUAAAUAGGCAAAAAAAAACAAAAGAGAAAGAAAACUAAUUAAAAGGGUUUUUACUUAAAAAAAUGAGAAAGGAUAACCUAUUUUAAAAAAUUAUUUAAAUUUAAUGAUCAAGAAAAUAGAAAAAGAAAAAUUCAAUAAGAAUUGA